ACUUGUCCUUUGAAAGUUCCGUUUGAAAGUUUCAAGGUGUAGUGCAAUACUCCAAUUACCGAAUCAUCUUCUCUAGACCUGCAGGGCAACAGACCAUUUGAACAUGACGCGACACAAACACAAACCCCAGCAGAAGCCUCGAGGAGCGCGUCCCAGCACUGGAACUGCGCGACGAGAGAAUCAAGGUGUACACAAGAAAGUCCAGAAGAAACGUCGACCGCGGCGUUGUGGGGAUCAUGGUCCGACUCGGAGAAGGUCUGAUGUAGCCUCAGUCCCCGCUGCUUCAUCAACAAAGACCAAACGGUGCAAGCGCCGACGUACAUCGGAGUCUGAGCCCACAGACAAGCAGGCCAAACACUCACGAACCGAUAAGCUUGCUCUUCGCAAGCAUGAGCGGUUUUGGUUUGCAGACGGGAAUGCCAUCGUUGAACUUGACGGUAUACGCUUCAGGGUGCAUCAGUCAUGGCUCACAAAACAUUCAGCACACAUGGCAGGAAUACUCCUAGGAGUCGAGAAAGGACCUAAUAGUAAACCCGAAGAUACGAUAAUCGAGUUUGGAAGAAGUGAGUCGCAACUUGUCCUCAAAGCAAUAGAUUUCGAGGCGCUGCUUUUGCUUUAUGAAAACCCUGGGAAUUACCGUAACACCAUCGAGCCUUCUACCCUAAUGUCUCUCAUACGCGCAACAACGUUGCUUGGUUUCGACUCCGAUUAUGAAUGGCUCGUGAAGGAGUUGAAAGCGCUCUGGCCAUCCAACCUUGAAGAAUUAGUUGCCAACACAGAGCCGCGCCUCGAUGCUCCGGAGGUGGCUGCCCUCGCACGGGCGUGCGACAUUGACGGGUUGUUGAAGCCUGCAUUCUAUGAUAUGGCAAGGACACCUAAAUUCGGUCCGGGCAAGGUAGAGGAAUCAGACGUAAUCAACCGUGCGGAUAUGCUGCGCCUUUUCCAGAUGAGAGAGUAUUUGAGCGGCAUGUGGGCUCAGGUAGCUGCGCACGAGGACCCUACCUCUGUUUGCCAAAGCCCCCGUGCUGUACCAUCCAGUGAUGACGAAGGCACCUCAAGCCCUUCUGAAAAUGUUGAUACGAAGCCCGCAUGUGGAUCUACCACCCCUGCUAGUAUGGCCAGCAACUGCCUCUCGGCGACGGCGAGAUGCUUGGCCUGGGUUCGACUUGUACACUCCUCAGAGAUUUUCACGCGGUAUCGGUAUGACCCGCUGUGCGGAAUAGCGGCGUUAAUAAACAUCGAGUGGACAGGCGACUGGUGCAAGGAUUGUCAGGAACAAAGACGGGCGGGGUGGCGUAAAGUGCAGAGGAGUAUUUGGGAGAAGAUUGACGAGUACUUGAGGGAUGGUUGAAAAGUGGAUCUUGUAAUACGAAGCAUUGAACCACAUAUAAGAACAUGCUCAAACAUAAAUAAAAGACUCCAAAGAUCAUGAUGUACACCAGAAUUUUCGUAUUGGACAUAAGAUAAUCAUUC